AUGACAGAGGUUGAAGAAAACUUUUUUAAAUCAGUUGAUUUACAUAAAGAUUUUUCAGAAGAUUUAAAUAGAGUUAAAAAUUUUAAAGAAAGAGCAAUUAAAAAUAAUGCAAAGGUUAUUUUAAUUACAUCAGGUGGUACGAUUGUACCAUUUGAAAAGAAUAUGGUUAGAUUUUUAGAUAAUUUUAGUGGUGGUAAUCGUGGUGCAACAACAGCAGAAUAUUUUUUACAAAAAGGAUAUUAUGUAUUAUUUUUAUCAAGAAAGAAUUCCCUUCAACCGUUUGUAAAGAAUUUAAUGUUACAUGAGACCAACUUCUUUACAUAUUUAGGUAUAAAUGAAAAUGAUGGUGGUAAUGGUAGAAAUAAUAAUAAUAAUAAUAAUGAAAAUGAAUUUAAAAAUGAUAAUGAUACAAUUUUAUCACCGUCGUUGGAUGUUAUAAAGAAUCAUGUUUGUAUUGGUGAAGAUUACUAUUAUGAAGUUUCAAAAGAGUAUUUAAAAUGGAAGAAAUUCUGUGAAAAUGGUAGUUUGGAGAGAGUUAAUUUCGAAACUGUUGGUGAAUAUUUAUAUUUAUUAAAAAACAUUUCAACUGAGUUAUCAAUUUUAAAGAGUAAUUUAAUAGUGUAUGCAGCGGCUGCAGUAUCAGAUUUCUAUAUACCAUUGGACAUGAUGGCACAACAUAAAAUUCAAUCAAAGAAUCAGUCAUUGACAAUCACAUUGGAUCCAGUGCCGAAAAUGAUUAAAUUCUUAGUAGACAAUUGGUGUCCAAAUUCAUACAUUGUCACAUUCAAAUUAGAAACUGAUCAAACCAUUUUAAAUGAAAAAUGUUUAGCAUCAUUAUCAAAUUAUAAUCAUCAAUUAGUAAUUGGUAAUCUAUUAUCAGAUUACAGAAAUUGGGUAAUAUUUCAUCAACAACAAUCUAAGCCAAUAAUUGUUAAAAGAGAACUAACACAAUUCCAAAUUCAACAACAACAAAAAUUAUCACCAUCAUCUUCUUAUUCUUUAAAAAAUGAUAAUCAUGAUCAUCAUCAUGAUCAUCAUCAUGAUCAUCAUGACCAUGAUCAUCAACAUCAACAAAAACAACCAAUUGGUGUUGAUCAUCCAAUUGAAUAUAAUAUUGGUGAAAAAUUAAUUGAAUUACAUAAUGAAUUUAUUAAUAAAAAUAGUAAUUAA